AUGGUCCGGAUUCUUCCCAUAAUUUUGACCGCCCUGUCUUUGAAAGUAGUAGCGAGUACAAUAUCGCAUUUACCUAUACCCUCAGUGCCAUCUGGAGGCCAAAUUAUGUCUGCAGACGAUAUUCAAGACCUGGAAAUUUCAGGUAAUUCGAUCUGCGUUAACGGUCGCUGCUAUCCUAAGUUAUUUGAGCCAGGACACGAUUGGCAGCCCAUAUUGCCAGGACAAGAACUACCUGGCGGCUUGAAUAUAAGAAUUAACAUGGAAACUGGUCUAAAAGAGGCAAAACUAAAUGAUGAAGAAAGUGUCAACAAUAAUGAUAGCCAUGAAUUAGUUAUUUCCUCGGAGGACACGAAAGCAUCGCCUGAUGACUACGAAUUUUCCAGCGAUUUCAAAGAGAUGAGGAACAUCAUAGAUUCUCACCCAACUUUAUCUUCACAUGACAUUUCCAUAUUGGAGGAUAAGUUUGAUAGAAUAAUGGAAUUCGCGCAUGAUUACAAGCAUGGCUACAAGAUUAUUACCCAUGAAUUUGCCCUCUUGGCCAACGUUAGUCUCAAUGAAAAUUUACCAUUAACGUUAAGGGAACUAAGUACCAGAGUCAUUACCAGCUGUUUAAGGAAUAACCCCCCUGUAGUCGAAUUCAUCAGUGAGAAUUUUGUGAAUUUCAAAAGCAAAAUAAUGGCCGCCGUGUCAAACCUGAAUGAUUCCAACAACAGAUCCUCCAAUAUCUUAAUAAAGAGAUAUUUAUCUAUUUUAAAUGAAUUGCCCGUCACGUCUCAAGAUUUCCCCAUAUACUCUACGGUUGUUUUACGAAAUGUAUAUGAAGGAAACAAUAAGGACAAACAGUUACAAAUAAAAAUCUUGGAGUUGAUCAGCAAGAUUUUCGAGGCUGACAUGUACGAAAAUGACGAUACAAAUCUAAUUUUAUACAAAAGGAAUGCAGAAAAUUGGUCACCAAAUCUGCAAGAAUGGGCAAACGAGUUCCAAGAGAUGGUCCAGAACAAAAGUAUCGACGAACUACAUACAAGAACGUUUUUUGACACCCUUUACAACUUGAAGAAAACUUUCAAAAACGAUAUCACUAUCAACAAAGGUUUUUUGAAUUGGUUAGCGCAACAAUGUGAAGCCAGGCAAUCUAACUUGGACAACGGGCUCCAAGACAGAGAUACUGAACAAGAUUCAUUCGAUAAGAAACUCAUCGACAGCAGACACUUAAUUUUUGGCAACCCCAUGGCUCACAGAAUCAAAAAUUUCAGAGAUGAACUAUGA